AUGGAUACCCCAAUAGUACUCACUUUUUCUAUAAAACUUGUAUCAAAUUCAACAAUAAUUCGUUCAAUAGUUUUGAAAGAAUAUUUUUCAAAAUUAACAUCAAAUGUUGAAGUACUUUAUCCCACACAAAUUCAUUGUGGUCUUUUAUUAUGUAAAUCUAAACGAACGGAAGAAAAAAUUUUAAAUAUGCGUCAUGUACUUUCGAAUGGAUCAACAAUUCAUUUAUCUCGUUUAACUUGUUCAGUAUUUCAACAAACAAAAUGUACAAUAAGUGGACAAAUUAUGCAAUUAAACGACAUAAGUACAUUAUUUCAACAAUGUUUACCAUUUCUACAUGCUUCCGAUGGAAAAGUUCAAGUAAAUCCUGAUAAAUCAAUUGUAUUGGAAGGUCAUAUAUUUGUUUUAAAUUCUAUUCAUUCAUUUCUUAUUAACAAAAUAUCUAAAACAGAGCAAACAAAUAACACAAAUGCAUCAGAAUCAUUAAAUUUACAUAGUAACAAUAUAAAUAUUAACGUUAUGAGUGGAAAAUUGCUUGAACAAAAUGUUGAUAGUAUUAUAAUUCCAAUGUCUGAUAAAUAUAAAAUUCAUAAAGCAUUCGAGAGACAAAUACAAUCAUUGGAUAGUACAAAUAUUUUUAAUUAUUUUAAAGAAUUAAAAACAAAAACUACACAUGCUCAUGAAGGAGAUGUUAUUUUAUUACCAAAUCAUGGAUUAAAAAUUCCAGCAAAAGUUCUUAUCUUUUUUAUUGCUCCACGUAUAUCAAAAGAUGAAGCUAUAAAAGAUAAAUCAGUGAUUGAUGCAUUUCAACCAAUAUAUGAAAAAUUAAUUUAUGAUGCUUUACAAACUAUUGAGCAAAAUAAUAUAACAAGUAUUGCAAUGCCUCUUCUUGAACCACAUGUUAAAAUUGGCUCUGAAAGACGUUAUGCUAAUGAAAUGACUUUUCGUGCAAUGAUUAGUGCUAUUCGACAAUAUUCUCAAAAUUCAUCAAUUACAUUAAAGCGAAUUAUAAUUGUUGAUCAUCAAAUACAAAUAAAACGUAUGAGUAAACGUGUGGAAAAAUAUCAAAAACAACUUCAAAAACCAAUAUCACAUAAUAAUAAUAAUAAUAAUAAUAUUGAUCUUGAUACAGGUGAUAGACAUUCAUUUGCGUAUAUAUUUGGUGUACCAAAAAUAUCAGAAGUAACAUCAAGUGCAAGUGAUACUGAUGAUGAUAUUGAACCAGAAGAUUAUCAACUUCCUUAUAAACAUCAUUCAAUAAUUUAA